AUUCCUAAUUUUGAGAAGUGGGGGAAGCAAAAUUUCUCUCAAACUUAAUUGAAACGCGUUUUUUGGGACAACAAAACCAAACGAUUCAGCAAUUCUUCCCUCCUUUCCCAAUAUCCUACCUCGUAUUUCCGAUCAGAUCCUCACCACCUCAAAUCCACCUCACCCCCCUAUUUGCUAAACACACCACGCAUGGUCUCGUUCCAUCUCUAGGGUUUCCCCUUGUUCCUCCUCACACAAAUUUUCACUUUCAAUUCUUCAAUUAUCGUACAUAUACAUGCUAAAUCGCUCAAUUCUUGAAAAAAAAUGUACAGCAAUUUCAAAGAACAAGCGAUAGAGUACGUGAAACAAGCCGUUCACGAGGACAAUGCUGGUAACUACGCGAAAGCUUUUCCCCUUUACAUGAACGCUUUGGAGUAUUUCAAGACUCAUCUAAAGUAUGAGAAGAACCCUAAGAUUCGAGAAGCUAUUACGCAGAAAUUCACCGAGUAUUUGCGUCGUGCUGAGGAGAUCAGGGCCGUGCUUGACGAUGGUGGGCCUGGUCCGGCUUCGAAUGGAGAUGCUGCUGUGGCUACGAGGCCCAAGAGUAAGCCCAAGGAUGGGGAAGGUGGAGGUGAUGGAGAGGAUCCGGAGCAGGCGAAACUUAGGGCUGGAUUGAAUUCGGCGAUUAUUAGGGAAAAACCUAAUGUGAAGUGGAAUGAUGUCGCUGGGUUGGAGAGUGCCAAACAGGCUUUGCAGGAAGCUGUGAUUUUGCCUGUGAAGUUUCCUCAGUUCUUUACUGGUAAAAGACGACCAUGGAGAGCAUUUUUGUUGUAUGGACCUCCUGGAACUGGUAAAUCAUAUUUAGCUAAGGCAGUUGCAACUGAGGCUGAUUCCACAUUUUUCAGUAUUUCUUCAUCAGAUCUUGUGUCAAAGUGGAUGGGUGAAAGUGAAAAGCUGGUUUCAAACCUUUUCCAAAUGGCCCGAGAAAGUGCCCCCUCUAUCAUAUUUAUCGAUGAAAUUGAUUCCCUAUGUGGUCAGCGUGGAGAAGGCAAUGAGAGUGAAGCUUCAAGACGAAUCAAAACAGAACUUCUGGUGCAGAUGCAGGGUGUAGGAAACAAUGACCAGAAAGUUCUUGUUCUUGCAGCAACAAAUACACCUUAUGCUUUAGACCAGGCAAUAAGGCGUCGUUUUGAUAAGCGUAUAUAUAUUCCACUACCAGAUUUGAAGGCUCGCCAACACAUGUUCAAGGUGCAUCUUGGAGAUACUCCUCAUAAUUUGACUGAAAGUGAUUUUGAAUACUUGGCUAGCAGGACAGAGGGGUUUUCCGGUUCAGAUAUAUCUGUCUGUGUGAAGGAUGUUUUGUUUGAACCUGUUCGCAAAACCCAAGAUGCUAUGUUCUUCUUUAAGAGCCCUGAGGGUAUGUGGAUCCCAUGUGGACCAAAGCAACAGGGGGCAGUUCAAACUACAAUGCAGGAUCUUGCUACAAAAGGACUUGCUUCUAAGAUCCUUCCACCCCCUAUUACGAGAACAGAUUUUGAAAAGGUUUUGGCUAGACAAAGGCCUACAGUAAGCAAAUCUGACCUUGAGGUUCAUGAGAGAUUCACAAAGGAGUUUGGAGAAGAAGGUUAAUGCAGAUGAAAUUAUUCAUUUGCAAAAUAUCCACACUGGUUUUAGAUAUGUUGUUAAGUAAUUUACUAAUUUGUUUAGCUGUUGGAUCAAGGGAAAUGCAUCCUUUUUAUGUUAUUUUGGGGGAUGUGAGGUUCCCUUUUGUGCGGAGAUUGAUUUAUAAAGGUGGAUACUCAUUUUGCUUUUCCUGAAUUGUGUAUAUUGGAAUCCGAAAUGAUUAGAAAAACUUGUGUCAUGGUGGUUGCUUAUUAUGUUGGUAUGCUAUCCAGGCUGCACGGCAUUUGCUGUAGUCAAAGGUUGUGUUUUUCA